UUUCUCCCCUUCUACCUCCUUCUCAUCCAUUCAACGCGUCUCGUCUUCUGCCCCUCCUCCCCCUCGGGCUCUCUCAUAAUUAUCCCUUUGCUGUUUAAGGUUGUGGUGCUAUGUUGAUAUGCGGCAUUUACCACCAUGUCCUCUUCAUCGUAUGAUGACUUGCUCAAUCUGGUGGAAGGUAAUGCAGAGCUCACUGAGAGAAUCAAGAGCUUGCGUUAUGGCUUGGAGGCUGAGGAUUUGCUUCAACACUUUCGAUUCAACGCGGUGAUCAGCCAGGACUGUACCACCCACACGGAAUAUGAGCGAGAUGAAAGCCAUGCCAUUCGAAUUGUCAAGCGAAGAUGGUAUCGGCGACCCGAUGCGCUGGGCUGGGGGGUCUAUGGGAAGGUCUGGUUAGAACGUGAUGAUGACGACGGCCAAAGUCGAGCAGUCAAAGUCAUACCGAAGGAUCUCAUGGAACGCGACAAGAUCAACUAUAAGAGGGAGGUCCUCGCACUGGCCAAGUUCUCGAAGCGGCAGUACCAACAGCAGGAGGUACUGGUCAACUUCCUGGGAUGGCUGGACGAUCCCUCCAACCUUUACCUGUACAUGGAAUACUUCCCCCUUGGAGACCUCGAGGGCCACAUCUCACAGCCCAUCUCGGAGGAGGAGGUCAAGGACAUCGCAAUGAAUCUGCUCAACGGGCUCUGCAUCAUCCACGCAGAGCACUUCGCCCACCGCGACCUCAAACCGGGUAACAUCUUCGUGGUCCGUAAGCCCCCCACCGCGCGAUGGUGGGUCAAGAUUGGCGACUUCGGCAUCGCAAAGCGCGUAAACCAUGAGAGAACAGCACUCCAGACGUCCAUUGGAACUCCGCAAUACCUAGCACCGGAAGUGAGCGGUGAUCUGGAUCUCGAUGAACCGACGUCGGUAUACAACAACGCAGUCGAUAUAUGGUCAUUAGGCUGUGUGAUAUACAGGAUCGCCACGCAGCACAACCCCUUCCCCGCACGCACCGACCUCAGGAGAUUCUGUAGCGGACGCAAACCAUUCCCCGAGGAGCCGCUGCGGAACACGAUGGAGCCCGAUGGCGUGAAGUUCGUCAAGGCGCUCAUUUCUCCUUUCCCUAACGAGCGUCCUUCUGCGCAGGCCGCAUCAGAAAUGGCCUGGCUCCAAGGCGACUUUUCCACGGUCACACAGGAAGUCGCCAGAGCUAGAUCGGACGGCAAGUCUACACCGAAUCGAAGAUUGUAUGGCACUAGGCAAGCACAGCGACCAGCCAGAGUCGUAAAUCUGUCGAGCGAUAACAGUCACGUCCAGGAGGAUCGCGGGAAUGCUCACAACCAGGGCCCACAGCAAGACGCCCCCCAGAACUCGUUCAACAGCAAUCCACGCGAUAAUCCGACUAUCGAAGACGCGAUCCGUAACAUGAUCCGGCCUGAGCUAGAGAAACUUCGUCGUGAGGGUUAUCCGCGCCAUUUUUUUAGAAGAGGGAACGUCCAGCCUGGAUUCCCCGUCCCCGUCGCCACCCCUUACGUCUCCGACUCUGGAAAGCGGCCAUGACGGGUUGCAGGCGCAUGACGUGCUAGAAAAUCGCAAGGUCAAGUGACGAUACGUAGUCUCCAUCCGUUCUUGGUCUAUCGAAACUUUCACCCGAUGUAGCAUAUACAUCAAUGCAUAGAGAACUAAAUGCCAUGCUCGGACUCUCAGACAUUAAAGCUCUCAGAGGAUAAUAGUCGGCUUGUAAUUUCACCCGGGCCUAAAUUGGCAUUGAUAGAUAGCUUUGAGCUAGAAGAUGGAAGGAAGGUAUUCUAGGUCCUGUGCUGCAGAUUUGACUCCGCGAUUCAUACA